AUAUAAACAGUCAAAUGUCAAAAAUUCAAUUGAACAUUGCAAGAUUGCUAAUAAGUUACACGAUAAAUACUAAUAUUGACAUAAAUAUUAAUAAAAAAAAGUAGUUUUUUAUCUUUUCUAUCUGAUCUACAGAAAACAAUUUUGCCUUCUUUAAAAGCAUUUAUAUGCCACCCUUAAGUUGAAAAUAGCAUGAAUCAUUUACCAUGUCGAAAGCUCGUGUAAUAUUUCAAUUUUAUCAAAACCUUCUUAAUAAUCGGCCUUAUUUAGUGCAAGCCAUUCAAGCAGGAACAUUGAUGGGUGCUGGUGAUCUUAUUUCACAAACUUGCAUAGAAAAUAAAAGGUUUAAAAAUUAUGACUUUAAAAGGACUAUAAAAUUUUCAAGUAUAGGCUUUUUUGUUGGAGGUCCAGCUUUACGAGCCUGGUAUGGAAUAUUAAACAAACAUGUUGGAGUCAGUGGUAAAACUGUUGCAAUCAAGAAAGUAUUUGUUGAUCAAGCUGUAUUUGCUCCAUGUUUUUUAUUUUUUCUAUUAAUUGCCGUGGGUACAAUGCAAGGAAAAUCUUGGGAAUCUAUAAAAAGUGAUAUUGAUGCUAAUUAUAUGGAUGUCCUGAAAGCUAAUUACUAUAUUUGGCCAUGGGUACAAUUAGCUAACUUUUAUUAUAUUCCAUUACAAUAUCAAGUAUUAAUUGUACAGUCAGUUGCACUUUUUUGGAAUACUUAUUUGUCCUGGAAAACAAAUCAUAAAAGGAUUUUAGAUUAAGUCUGCUUUAAUAUUGUGUACUGCAAUUCUUUUUUUACUAUAGUGAUAGGUUUGUAGCAAAAAAAAACGAACUUAGUAAUAAUGCUUUGGAAAACAAAUAAUGUAAAGAAAAGUUGUAAUUUUGUUUGUUUUAGAGUUAAAAGUUGUAUCAUUGAAGACGAUAAAUUAAUUUAUUAA